AUGAUUAGUAAUUCUCUACAGUUGGUUCUCUUCUUAAUUAUUGCACUAUUUGAAUCAGUGUAAUGAGAUCAGAUUAACUAGAAUAUAGAAUAUUUUAACAUUCCGUAUUCAGAUUAAAAACAAAGCUAAGAUNUUAUAUCAUAUCAAUAGAUAAAAACGAAAUCUAAAACUUUAGCAACUUAAGCAACUUCGAUCAAAAUAUUCAAAAUGUCUUGAAAAAAUCUCCAAUUAAGAUGUACUUAUCUGUAAAGCUAUUAUCAAAUAAUGGAUAUCUAAUAUUAUAGACCCAUUGAUUAAAUCAUGUUCUUCAAUUUAAUUUAUACAACAAUCAAAUGAAAAUUCAAAAAAUCCAAAUAGUGAAAGCUCUAUAUAGUGCAGAUAGAAUUAAUUAAUGCAAUUAACAAUUUAAGUUAUGAAUAACAUGGAAAAAUUUACAGAAAAGGAUAAAAUUCCAGAAUUAAUUUAAGCUUCACUGUUUUUAUCAUUGUUUAAAAGUUAAAACAUAAAAGCUCCUUUAUUUGUUGCAAAAAGAACUAAAUACUAUGCAAAAAAUACACUUAAGAUUGGAGUCUAUUAAGAAAAAAUGAUUGCAGGCGAAUAUUUCAUUUUCAGAUUAUUUGUAUCUAAUUUAAUUGAAUCAUCCAAUUAUAUGGCUUAUCAAAAUAUAAACCAUAAAAUGUAGUGUAAGUUUAUUAUUCUUGCCAUAAUGGGGAUAUUGCAAAUAUUGUAUGAAGAUUAUUUUUCUGAAUUAAAAUAAUUGGAUUAACCAUCGACUGAACUCUUUUAACGAAGAAUUAAAAUCAGUAAAUCUUAGGAUAUCAGCAUAAUAACUGAUGAUAAUAUUGAUUAAGAAGAAUCAUUGAUAUUUGGGCUUCAUGGUAGAAAGAAUUUUGAUAAUCUAAUGGAAAAGAAUUAGGAAUGGUUAUUAGAUAUAUGUACCAAAUUUGCUAAGAUUUUAAAUAAUCUACAUUAAAUUUUGUGA